CAAGGCGGGCAAGAAUCAUCAAGUGGCCAACAUCCAGUCCAGUCUGUCCGGCGUGCAGCACCUUGCCCAACAGCACGGUGUGAACUUCGGUACAGGGACAGGUAGCCACAGCGCGACCAAAGGCGGCGUAUUUGACAUGUUGGCUAGCCGAAGAGAAUUGGGUCCUCUGGAUGCUGAGGGUGCGUACCCGCAGCAGAAACCUGUGGCGCAAUACGAUGCUGGCAACGCGACGUACCCAGCUACGUAUCAGCAGGGCUAUGAGGCUCCUUGGCAGCCACAACAGCAGCAGCCGCCGCCUCAGCAAGGCUAUGGCGGUGAUGACCAGCAGCAAGGCGGAUAUCAGCAGGGUGGCUACCAGCAGGGCAGCGCGGGCGGAUACGGCGGUGGGUAUGAUCAGAACCAGCAGGGUUACGGACAGCAAGGCUACGGACACCAAGGAUACAACCAGUACUAGUCGACCUCGGAGUGACGAAGGGGCAUGGACAGUGACGAGACCAACGACUUGCAGAACCUCAGUUGUCACAGC